AACUCCCAGAUUCCUAAGCCAUAAACAAGAUGAGGUCCUCCUCCUCCUCCUCUUCCGCGCUUCGCCGACUGACGUCCAUCGGAUCGCAUCUCAGCGCGCCCACCAAGCACAAGAUCGUCCUCACGCGCGAUCUGGGUCCGGAUGUCAUGCCCAUGCUCACCUCGCGCGACGACAUUGAGCUGGUCACCUGGCCUGAUGAGGCUAACCCGUGUACGCGCGAAUGGCUGCUGAAGAAUGCGCCCGGUGCAGAGGGAAUCAUCAUUUUGCUCUCGAUGGCUGUCGACAACGACCUUCUGGACGCGGCUGGGCCGAGUUUGAAGGCCGUGUCAACCAUGAGCGUAGGGUACGAGCAUGUAGACAUCGCUGCGCUCGGCAAGCGCGGUGUACGACUGGGCUAUACACCCGACGUGCUGACAGACGCAGUCGCGGAUGUUUCCAUCAUGCUUGCUCUUAUGUCUAGUCGCAACGACGGCAAGUCUCUGACCUUAGCAAAGGACGGUCUGUGGCCCUCGUUUACCUGGGCCCCCUUCUCGUUCUGUGGACCCCAAUUGUCGGUCACCCCCGAGAGGCCUACGCUCACUGUCGGCUUCCUUGGCUUCGGUCGCAUAUCGCAGGCCACCCUUCGACGGCUUGUGCCCUUCGGGGUGACCCGCGUACUAUACGCCACCCGUCCCGACGCAAAGGCCGAUCCAGCGCAGGACGCUAAGUGGGCCGAGACCUUUGGGGUGAAAGAGGUGAAGCGCGCCUCGCACGCCGAGAUCGCAGCUGGCUCGGACGUCGUUUUCGCUCUCGCACCGGGAGGACCGAGCACGUACCACAUCGUGAACGAAGACUUCCUGAGGGGCAUGAAGAAGACCGCCGUCCUCGUAAACGCCGGCAGAGGUACUGUUGUCGACACCGACGCGCUCGUUAAGGCCCUCAAGGAGGGUUGGAUAUGGGGUGCAGGCUUGGACGUAAUUGAGGGCGAGCCAAAUAUUGGGAAGGACCACCCGCUUGUGCAGGAACCGAAAUGCGUGUUGUUGCCACAUAUCGGAUCCGCUACGCACCAAACGCGGCGUGCUAUGGCGUCGCGCGCGGUACGGAAUGUUAUUGCGGGCAUCAAGGGCGAGCAGAUGGAGGCUGAGGUGGCGACGAAGUAGAGCAGCAAUCUAGAGAAGACAAUACACAUGUACACUGGAUAAAGAAGAUCAGCUUUCACGCACGCGC